AUGGAGGGGAGAUAUUUGAGUAAGAUGACAGAUCAGAGCAGUGCUUCUAAAAGUAACGAAACUAAGAAGGAGGGGGCUGAGAAGCUGGAACAGGAAGCUGACGGAGUAGGAGCAAGCGAUGUUACUAAACCGGAAAUUAAAGUAAGACCUCCAACUGCCAAUUCUGGACAGAAUAGAAAGGAGGACAACGGACUGGUUGAUUUCUGCUACAAAAAUUUUACCAGUUUCAGAAGCGCUAUUGAUGGCAUUCUUGGAGCGAAGCAAGAAGAGAAGCAAGUUUUAUCUUCACUGGACAUUGAAGGCGUUGCCGAAUUGAUUCGUGAGAACAAGGCUAACAGAGUGAUCGUUAUGUGUGGUGCGGGGAUUUCAACUUCUGCUGGUAUUCCCGACUUUCGAAGCCCUGGAAGUGGAUUAUAUGACAACCUUGCGGAAUAUAAUCUUCCAGAUCCUCUGGCCGUGUUUGACAUCAAUUUUUUUCGUCAGAAACCUGAACCUUUCUUUGCUGUAGCUCGAAAAUUGUUUCCAGAAAAUUUAAAGCCCACGCCGUGUCAUUACUUUAUUCGUUUAUUAGAUCAAAAAGGUGUUCUAAGGAGGUGUUUCACUCAGGUCAGAUAUGUGAAAAUGAAUAUAGAUUCAUUAGAAUAUGUUUCUGGUUUGUCGCCAGAAAGAAUCGUCACAGCCCAUGGCUCAUACCAUACUGGUAGGUGUCUCAGUUGCAACAAAAAGUAUACACUUGAGUGGAUGCGAGCUAGACUUUAUGAUGACAACUGUAAAGUUUUUCGGUGCGAUAGUUGUAAGGGUAUUGUUAAGCCAGAUAUUGUGUUCUUUGGGGAAAAUUUACCAGGGCGCUUCUUCAGAUGUGCGGCUACCGAUUUUCCGCAGUGUGAUUUGCUAAUUAUUAUGGGGACGUCUUUAGUUGUACAACCAUUUGCUGGCAUGGUUAAUGAAGUAGGAAAAAAUGUCCCGAGACUAUUAAUCAAUUUGACUGAAGCGGGAAAUAAAAGCGUAUUUGAGGGUUUAUUUGGUUCUCCAAGCCUACGUUACGGCCGUGAAGACAAUUACAGAGACGUUUUUUGGAAAGGAACUUGCGACGACGGAGUAAUG